CGAGGGAACGUUGUUGUCGACUGCGGCCAGAGGGCGCCACGGUGGGUACUCCUGCUUUCGUAGCAGACGACGCGGCGAGUACUGGUAGCGGGACGAGCAGUCAGUUAGUAUUGAGAGGGCACAGUAGCCGUUUCAGCUCCCGCUCGCGCGCCUAUUUUCUUAUAUUUGUGUUUCGGUACACGCGCAGGGUUUUCGUGGACUACCGUUCAAUCACCAUGCCGACGGGCGAGCGCAUCAUGAAGAGGGUCUUCACGUAUUCACUCAUCCUGGGUCUGCUGGUGAUAUGCGUGGCGUCCAUGCGCGGGGCCCUGAUGCCCAAGACGCUCCCUGGCUUCCGCUGCGACGACCCGCACAUCCGGCAUCCGUUCCGGGGCGACACCGUCACGCUCACGCAGAUCCUGGCGCUGGUCAUUGUACUGCCGGGACCUCUGGUCUGUUCCUGGUGGAGCAGUGGGCCGACGGUCCCAGUCCGCUGGCCGCUGGUCCGGUCUGCGCUGCGCCACUACGUUCUCGGCCUGGAGCUGGUCUCCGUGGCCAUCGAGGUGGUCAAGUCUCUGGUCACCAAGCCCCGCCCACACUUCCUCGACUCGUGCCGACCCGACUGGGACAAGCUCGACUGCUCGCAGGGUCUGGUGACGCAGUACCAGUGCGCCAAUGAGGAGGCUUGGAUACUGGUCGACAUGUACAAGUCGUUUCCCUCUGGUCACUCGGCGCUCGGCUUCUACCUCUUCACAUUCGUAGCGGCAUACUGCGCCGUGCGGCUACCCUCGCUGACGUCACGGUGGUCGCGCGGCGGUUGCCGCCUGCUACAGCUGUGCCUCUUCGUGCUGGCCUGCGCAUGCGCCGCGUCGCGCAUCUACGACCGCAGGCACCACCCCGUGGACGUCGUCACCGGGGGACUGCUCGGCGUGCUGGGAGGACUCGCCACGGUGCGGUGGUUCGUUUCCAGCAGUCGACAUCGCAUCGAAUCUAAAGCCCAAUGAAAGAGAGCGAGUGAAAGAGACAACACGUGACUCUGCGUGACCGUUUUAUAGCCGUAGUAGUGAUAUUAUACACAUCUAUUUAAUUACCCCCUCGUUCGACAUUCCAACGCCGUAGCGUGACCUCACGGCUUCCUUUCUAUCUAUUUUUUUUUUACCUGAGUUAUUUAGUCCGUACCACGUCUCUUGUGUGGGCGUCACGCCUUCUAUACCUGGACAUCUACCGCUACCGCUAUUCUGAGGAAUUCAAUAGUUAUAUAUGCUCCAAAAUGAAGCAGAGUUGCGCGUUGUUCCAAAUUUGCUCCAAAACAAUGCGGUAAAGCCACUUCUCGCGCGCGCGGAGGCCAAACGUAGCUCGGGUACAAGCGUGCCUUCCUGUCUCGUGCGUUCAAAUCAAACCAAAUCAAAAUAUGUUUUGUUGAGACGUAAUUACACAGAAUGCGUACAAAAUACCUGGACCAAUAGCCUACGUGGCUGGUCCAACAUAGAAAGUACACAAGUGUUAGCAACACACAUGAUUGGUCAUGAAAUCAUAGGUUUUAUUAUACAUACGCAAGUUUCAGUGAUGUACAAUAUGUCUACGAAAAAAAAAAGGUGUUACAAUUCACAAGACAAGAAAAAAAAGCGUUUACGAGCAAGUAUAAAGUUACGCAUAGUUUUUAUUUCUAGAGGCACACUGCUCCAGGUUACACCUCCGAAGAAUUCUAACAAUCAUUCGGUGUAAACAUUGUUACAGGGAGGAAGAUUUGAAGUGACUUGCUUGCCUGAUGUUUGCACGCGGGAAGUUGAAUACGGUGUUGGGUAGUGGAAGGUCUGGGUGCAGUAUCUUGUGAACCAGGCAAGUAACCUUAUAAUUUCUUAGCGAAUACGAAGUCCAUUACGAAGUUACGAAGAAUACGAAGUUCAUUAGAUAGAAUGCCGCCGAGGUAAUGAAUGGGGGAGAAUGUUAUUGUUCUUAAAGCACGUCUUUGUAACUGCAGUAUAGGUUUUAAAUAAGUUUUUUUUUUUUUAAUGGUGGUGGGACCGCCUGGCUACAUCUGGUGACUAGCGAAGCGGAACACGGAUAUCGUGUCCGUGAAGUUGGCUUCUCGGCAGCGUGAUCCAACAUUAGACGUCACUCUGUGCCACGUGAUAAUACUGGGCGAAUAGCGGCUUGGCAGGCGCAUGAAAACGAUAGGCGCAACUCUGCUCACUUUAUGAACAUAUACGCAGGAACUCUAUAAGUUCGCAGGAUGCGCGCGCCACCUGCGACGCAACGCUUAAAGGUGCCGUAGCAUCAGAAAUCAUUUGCUCACUUUUGAUUCAUUCUGCUGUUCACGCGUGGCGUGACGCUUGGUAGGCCUGUAUAUUGUGGGCUUACGGCAGUAUUUUUGAACGUGAGAUCUCAACUUUUGAUUCGCGACUUUCGUAGUCCGGGUACUGUGCCGUCGUUACCGCCUUUUUUUUUUUUUCUGUACGAAUUUACGAAUUUCAUCUAUAUGGGUCGCACCGCGUCGGCAGUGGUAAAAAUAUCGUGGCAGAGGUCACGUGGUUGGGCUGGCGGGUAUCACGGCCGACGAUUUAUUAGGACUGAUUCUCGUUUUGUACAUGUUUUGCUUUGAAAGAAAUGGCACAACAGAAGCACAGUGAACAGCGCCGAUGGCAGAACAAGACACACAAACACAAGUCUUGUGUUCCUCAUUUCUUUUUUCUUUUUUUUUGUCCUGUUGUCGGCGCUGUUCGCGUGGCAUUCCCGAGGCACACACGCUACAGUUCAAUUUGGCAAAAGCUGGCUUAUGUUCUAAGCAAAGGUUCUAGUAGUGCGAUAUAUAGAGUAUUUCGAUAUAACCUCCAAGUGCGUGUAUAGCAAACUGAAACAGACUGCUGUGAUACAUAUGUUGUAUUCGUAAUGUUUAUCUGGUAAACAAGUUAAGCAAGCAAAGUCUCCAUCUAUUGGAAACAAAUCUGUGCGCGUUGUAGUCAGCGACAUUUUGCCAGCGUCCCACACAAUAAACCUCACAGAGGCAGCAGGGCAUGAGCAUGGCAUGCUAGCCUUGUAAAUGUGGUCGUGUGUUUUGCACUACCAUCAGAAAAUAAGGUCGUGAGCUGCACUAGUACUGGUUCUAGUUUCUUUCCCAAGUGAAGAUAAUGCAAGCCGACUAUGUGGAAUUGGCCGAGAGUCGGACGGAAUUGGGAGACGGCGCUUAUAGUUUGAAGCGGAAGGAAUCGAUAGAAGUCGAAAGAAUCAAAUUAUUUCGAGAGUCCUUGUAAGUAAGAAGGCAGAAAAAAAAACAACACCGGGUAGUAAAAGUUAACGUGAGAGAUCGCUUAGAAGCUUUUUGUCUAUGUAGACUGGUCAACGCCUACGUCUCAUGCGUAAUCUUCUUUUGUGACAUUUCUUCCAAGAUGACAUAUCCGCUAUUCCCGUUACAACGUCACCAUCUUAUCGAAGCGCUCACAGACGUACACACGUGCACGCUCGUAUGCGCAUGCGCAAGCUCAUUCACCGCUCACUCACUCGCGCACGCUAAUCAAAAGGACACCAUCGGCGAGGCUUCUGCAACUCAAACCGUCCUGUUUCUUUUCUCUCUAAGAAUCAUCGAAGAGUUAUAUACGCGCAGAGAUAAAAGGAGGAAUUUUCGCCGAGGCGUCGCCAUUGUUGCCGCCGCACUCUUAUUUCUUACACAGAAGUCGCUGUCUUAUCUUCACGUCGUCGCUGCUGUUGCCGUCGUUGUUGCCGUGCGGCGGCACCACGUCGCGCGCCCACACGCGCACGAGACCGCGACGAUCGAUGUUCAUCUUUUCAUUUUCUUUCCUCAUCGUCCGAGCUCGAAAACGCGCUUCUAUUUCCAAAGCUGGCGUAGUGGCGCCCCUCGAAGGCGCUCCGCUGUUCCCGGGCCAUGGCAGAGUGGUGGCGGUAUUUUUGUACGCUGAGCGGGAAUUAAAACAAA